AUGCUGCUAAUGAACAUAAAGAUGGACCUGCCUUACAGCAUGUCACACCAAAGCAGGAUGUUCCCACAGAAAAAAGCCGUAAACCUGGAUGUGAAUGGGACAAAAGUAGAGAAAAGUAGAGCUAUGGAUGGCUCUAUUAAAGUGGUGUUACCUGUAGUAGUGCCUAAUGCAACCCUAGUGCCUCCUGGUGCUCAGGAAAACAAACAUGCUCCCCUGCCACCCAUCAAAACGGGAGACAUUGUACAAAACGCUCAGGACAAAGCUGAUUCAAAAGGCAAGGAUGACCCUGAGACCAAGAUUGAGACGACAGUGAGUCAGCUUCCACACCCUGGUAACACAACAUCUAAACCUCAAAUCAAGGAUGCAGAACAAAAGGUUUUAGAUAAUAAAACAGAGGAGAAACAUGACCUAAAGGCAGCGAAGGAAACCCCCAAACCUGCAAUCAAGCUCCAAGCAGCAGAGGGCUCCAAGGAUAACGCCACUGCCGUCAGAAAACCAGGUGUCCACAAAGUGCUCGCUUUGGAUGUGACGAACGCACCCAGAGAUGCCAACGCAGUGGGCCAGUUUGGUCAGGCAGCAGUUGUGGCCUUUAACGAAGAUAUUGAAGUGAAGAAGAGAUGGGACGAAGGGCAUUUUAAUGUCUACCUGAGCGACAAGAUCCCGGUCGACCGUGCCAUCCCAGACACCAGGCCUGAUAUGUGUGCGCAGAACCUGGUCCAUGAUAACCUGCCCUCCACCAGUGUGAUUUUCUGUUUUGUGGAUGAAGUGUGGUCCACGCUGCUUCGCUCUGUGCACAGUGUGCUCAACAGAUCGCCACCACACCUCCUCGAAGAGAUCAUUCUGGUGGAUGAUUUCAGCACCAAAGACUAUCUGAAGGAGCAGUUAGAUACAUACAUGUCCCAGUUUCCCAAAGUGCGAAUCAUCCGCCUGAAGGAGCGGCAGGGCCUGAUCAGGGCCAGGCUGGCCGGAGCCGCUGUAGCCAAAGGUGAGGUACUCACCUUCCUUGACUCCCACAUUGAGUGUAACGUUGGCUGGCUGGAGCCGCUGCUUGAGAGAGUUUAUCUGGAUCGCAAGAAGGUGCCCUGCCCAGUUAUUGAAGUCAUCAGUGAUAAGGACAUGAGUUAUAUGCUGGUUGACAACUUCCAAAGAGGUAUUUUCAAAUGGCCUUUGGUGUUUGGCUGGAGCGCACUGUCAGACGAGUACAUUAAGAAGAACAACAUGAGCAUCUCAGAUCCCAUAAAAUGUCCAGUUAUGGCCGGAGGCCUGUUCUCCAUAGACAAAAAAUACUUCUAUGAGCUUGGUGCCUAUGAUUCUGGCCUGGAUGUAUGGGGUGGGGAGAACAUGGAGAUUUCUUUUAAGAUCUGGAUGUGUGGAGGGGAAAUAGAGAUUAUCCCCUGCUCUCGAGUGGGACACAUCUUCCGUGGACAGAAUCCUUACAAGUUCCCCAAAGACAGGCAGAAGACAGUGGAGCGUAACCUGGCGAGGGUGGCAGAGGUCUGGCUGGACGAGUACAAGGACCUCUUCUACGGCCACGGCUACCACCACCUGCUGGAUAAAAAGACCAUUAACAUCGGCAACCUCACCGAGCAGAUCGAGCUGAGGAAGAGGCUCAAAUGCAAGAGCUUCAAGUGGUACCUGGAGAACGUGUAUCCAGAAAUGAAUGCUCCUUUAGCUAAAGCCGAAGGCCUGGUUUUUAAUCGUGGUUUAAGAAAAUGCCUCAGUCUGCAGAAAGGCUCCUUGUCGUUUGAGACAUGUGAUCUCAGCAAGCAGAGUCAGCACUUUAAUUACACCUGGAUGAGGCACGUUCGCCAGCAAGAUCUAUGUGUCGCUCCCCACGGCAAGGGCGACGGCUUCAUUUUACAAUUAUGUGACAACACCAAGCCCGAACACCGUUGGUUUCACAAAUCCUCCAACUCCGCUCUGGCGGAGCACCUCAUAGCAGAGUACGUUUCCAACCACAUGUGCCUGGAGGCGGGGCCUCAGGGCGACACUCUCCACCUCAAUCCGUGUGAAACCAGAAACGCCUUCCAAAAGUGGCAGUUCACACACUACCACGCUUAGUGAUGAGACUGAAACGUGUCAAACAUGCACUAUAGAGACCUUCAGUGGCCUCACACUACAGCACGGUCUGCGGUCCAGACUCAGCACACGACUGUCCGGAGGAGGUGGGAAGCGUUUUGGUGACAGUGACGUGUGGUGUAACGCACAGGGUGUGGGGAUGUGCAAUGCUUCUAAUUCUCUUUGUAUCAUAUCAGCAUGGACUGACCUUGAGUUUUAAGUGCCAGAGGAAAGAGAGUGUCUUCUCUCUGUUUAGGAAGAUUUGGACCGGAGUUUGCUAAAGGGAUUCAGGUGAACGUCUGCGCAAGAACACUCCAAAUUGAGAGCAACAUAUCGUCUCAAUGCCAAAGAUUAACUGUGCCUCUUAGAUAUGAAACGUAAAAAAGUGAUUUUUCCUUUUUGUUUUUUCUCUGCUGGGACCGAAUCAUAAGUUAAAUUGCAUGUAAUGUACAUUGUAUACAUUUGUAUUAAACAUAUCACAUAUUUUCGGUGAGACAUCUAUUGUAGGUGUCACAUAUUUUUACGUUUGAAGAGGCACAUGGGUGAAACAGCUGCUUCAAUGAUUUUAAAUGCUGCAUAAUUUAGGUGUAGGUGUUGUACAGACUGUCUCCUUUGUAUGAUUUUUUUUCUUGACACUAGAGGGAAGUGUUUGCUCGGAACAUAAAAUAAACCUGUGCUGUGAUAUCAUGAUUUUGUGGCCUGUUAUCAAAUACAUUUUCUUAAGAAAAUAAAAAUAAAAUGACAGAUAAAGAUUUAA